AUGGCUUUGCGGGAUAGAGCAAGAAUAGGCACCCGAUCAGUCCCCCUCUUUUUCUCUCCCAGCACCAAGAGACAAAAAGAAACCUCAGACCUCCCAGACUAUGGACAGCUGUUUGAGGAUCUUGGUCUAGGAAAGGGCGCCGACCAGAAACUCAUCGCCAGGUUCCGAAAAGCUCGUACAACUCAUUUGGAGGAGUUCAUCAAGAGCAAUGAACUCGAAAAGAAGGACCUUUCCAAUUGGAGGGAACAGGCUUGCAAGGGCAGGUUUAAAAAGAUGGCAAAGUACUUUCUUUGGGACAAAGGAGGAAAUCGCUUCUGGCCUGAAGAACCCUCUGCGGCCAACAAGAACGGGUACACGAGCCACAAGGACGGAGAAGUGAUCGCUGAUCUUCUGGCAAAGCUGUUCUUUCUCUACUUCAACUUCAAAAGACGACCCAAGAGGAACAAGAAUGCGAUGCCUGCAAACUUGACGAGCUCUUACAUAGCGACUUUUAAGGCUCACCUCAAGAGCAGUGGACAUAGCGUUGACUGGCCUAUCGAGGUGGAUUAUAUGUCUGAUUAUGGGCUUCAUAUUCCAGUGGUUCCGUUUGUGCCUCCAAGUCCGAAGAGAGAACCAGAAAGUGACGAUGAAGACUUGCCUGCGAUCGAAGAUAUGCAACCUCGAGUCCAACAAAAGACUGCUCGUGUCUUUGUUACACCCUCGAGCCUUGGUAUGGGCGAGCCUGCCCCUGCUAAGGAGUCUCAAAGCACCAACAGGCAAUCCCCAUCAAGACUUCAAACCAACGAGCAAGCCAAAAGACCCGCCGAAGCUGACCUCGACACACAGCGUCGAACCAAAAGCCCUCGCCAGAACCAGUACCUCGAUCUCUUCCUGGGCAUGUACGCCGCCGUUGACGACGACGACAGCAGCUCCUUUCACUCCCAGGAAGAAGGCCUCUAUUCCCAGCUCGAGGGACGCGCAAAUAGACGCACGAGACAAAAAGACUACGGUCGCGAGGGGUAUGAACUCGGGCCGUUCUCGUCUCGGUUUGGGACUGUUGAUCGGGCAGUUUCUGUCAGUCGGGAUCCGUUUAUGAUGGAUCGUCUGUCUGUUGCCGCACCAGUUGCUCCUAUGGGUGGACCUACGGGGCCUACUCUAGCGAGUGAUAAUGGUGCUGCAGAGAACAAUGGACGUUCAUGUAGGACUUCGGUUGUGCCUAGACGGGGCAGUUUUGUUAGUUCUACGCACGAGACCUGGAGUCAGAUCGUCUUUAGGCCAUUGUCCAUACCAUCAGCUCCAAUUACUCAACAGGAAGGUGGCGAGUCCGCAUUUGAGAAGAAUGCAGGAAUGGCUCCGAUGGAAGAACAUGCCGCGACUGUGACUCGAGAGGAGAGAGCUGCGUCACACCCUCAGAGUCAUGGAGAUAUCAGCUCAGAGAAAGGCGACGAUGCGACAGCUUCUCCCAGCCCUGACACCAUCAUUCGCCCUGUGGAUGUACCCAUAACCCAGAACAACCCUGUCAUCACCUCAACGCGACGAAACUCAGGCCCUUCAAAGACAUCGCCAGAUACCCCCAUCCAAAAGAACUCCCCAAGCGCAGAUGGCUUCCCUCUACAAAUGCUCAAGCCAGGCCUUCAGAAUAACACUCACUACAACCCAUCCACCGCCAGAAGGAUCCUAAGCACUCACCUCCGCGGCUACGCCAAAGAAACAGCGACACCAAUAAUGUUCUCCUUCGCCGUGCAUCACCGCACCGGCCACGGCGACCGCUUCACAUUCUCGCCGUUUGACUUUUUCGAAAUGACUCUCAAGGAGUUCAUAAUCGCGCUGCCCAUGGAGAACAAGGGGCUGAUAACAGGUCUCUGCAUUCGACAGUAUGGCCCGCGGCUUUGCUUGAGGCAGGUUUAUCUGUAUAACGAGGAGGUGUUUGGGAAUAUCCGGGAGCAGUUCUUGAGGCAUGUGGAGCGUGACAUAAGAGGAGCAAAAUAUGAUGGGAAACGGCUGGAUUAUGAGAUCAGUAUUGAGCCGCUUACAGAGGGUGAUUGA